ACGAACAGCAGCACAGAUCCUCAACAUGAUGGAGUGUAUUAAAAACUGCUGCAGGACAUUUGCAUCCAAGAAAAAUGAACCAGAAAUUCAGAUGAUAAAGAUUCGAGCUCCUGUUAAAUCAGCUGCAGAGUGUAAUGUGACGAGGAGUGUUGGAGUUUCAGAGGAUUAUCUGCUUUCUAAACUGCCUCCGGAUGGCCGAGAGGUUCCUUUCAUCAUCCCAACCUUCAAACCUUCAUACAUCCAGCCGAGAGGCGCACAAUACUCUGGCCACAACAUUGGACAGCAGAGUGCCACAAGGUCCACUUAUGCAGAAAGGAAGGCAGAGCUGGCUGGAGUCAGUCAGAUGCUGUACGAUCCUGAUGUGAACUUAAACAGCAGUCAUAUGAUCAGCUAUGUGUCGCCAGGUUCACUGAGACGCCCCACUCUGAAAAACAGAGCCAACUACAGCCCUGGCACAGGUUUGGAUCACAGCGACACACAGAGACUCAGUCUGUCCAUGUUUGAUUUGUCAAGUCCUCAGGGCCGUGUUGAGCGUUAUGAUUCUGUAUCCAGCAUCCAGAGCAGCACAUCCUCUGUUCAGGAUUCUUUUGGGAGCAGCCGUAGUCUAGAAUCCAUCACUCUGUCUGGCGAUGAGCGGGAUCGUGAGCCGGGGAAAGUGUGUGUUCACAUUAAGUAUGAGGCGGCGGUGGAGCAGGUGUGGAUCACCUUAGUGAAGUGCACAGACUUGAGUGUGUAUAAUGAAAGAGUGGAGCAGCAGAAGAUUGGGGUUAAAGGCGUCAUCACUGUGAACAAGCCAGUGCGAUUUAAGAGUACGCUUAAGGAAGCAUCAGAAGACACCGUCUUCAUGGAGACAUUUGUGUUCACACUGAACUUGGAGCAGAUCCGCAGGUCUGCACUGGUGCUGCGGCUGCAGGCUCACACACCACGCAAGCGCACACUGGGGGAGUGUGUGCUGUCUCUGCGAAGCCUCGGACCGCAAGAAACAAAGCACUGGCUGGAGUUCAAGCAUCAUUCUAAAACACAUGUGUGUCACGCUGAGCUUCAGCUGGCCUUGUGUUUCCAGCCUGUGAGCACUCGAAUGCAGCUCCAGAUCCUCAGCGCUCAAAACCUUCCUUCAUCCUCCUCACCGCUCACACAGAGUUACUUUGUGAAGGUUGACUUGCUGGGUGAGGGUAAGAUCUUACUGAAGAGGAAGACGAAGGCGAUGAAGUCUUCAGGAGGGCAGGUCCAGUGGGGAGAAGUGCUUCAUUUCCCCAUCACCAGUCAAGACCACAAUCUACAGCUGAUGGUCAAACUCUACAGCCGCAGCUCUGUGAGGAGAAAACACCUGCUGGGACAGGUACUCUUGAGUUUUGACAGCAGUUUUCCUGAGGCAGUGGAGCAAUGGAGGGAUGCAAUGGCUAAUCCUGAAAAAGUGGUGACAUCAUGGCACAGAGUUAGUCGACCCUGAAAAAGGAAGGAUGAGUUAUAUUUUUGAGAUAAGUGCAUUUCAAAUGCAACUUCCAAAAAAAAACUUUUCAUGUUUUUGUUGAAAUAUGAUUAUUGUAGGUGGAAAACAUUUCUCUAAACUGCUGUGGUAGUACACACACGUUUACAUGUAUAAACUGAGUUGGUCCAGUUGAGUCGCUCCUAAUGUAGCUAAUCUAGUUUGUAGAUUUAACAUUGUAUACGUUUGUGAACAUGCAACUGUCUAAAAACCUCUGAUAAUAUCUCAUAUAUUUCAGUACGUUAGCUGUCAAUUAUUAUGUCUCCUAUUGAAACAAACAAAAGCAUUUCUAGAGUUUAAAAGCAUUCACUGCAUGAAGCCAAUCAAGUUUCUCAAAGACUGGUGUAUGAACAAUCGAUCACGAAUGUGAUAUCGAUUUUUAUAGUUCAACAAACAAGAAGUUAAUAUUGAGUGUGUUUAUACAUAAUAUUGUCUGUUCUGUUUCUCUCAGAGUAGAGAAUCUCAGAGAGUUUCGUUCAUUAAUUAACCUGCCUUUGAAAGAAUCGAGUGAGCCUAUGAUUCAGUAAUUCAUUCAUAAAGAUAGUCACAUGCUUUUUUCUAAAUGAUUCAGCUGCUUUGAGCAAAUCAUUUGAAUGAUUGUUUAAAUGUAUCAUUUAUGAAGAUAACAUGGUGCCAGCUAUUGGUGCUUUUAGUGUCAUAUAUUAUUUUCUUCAAGACAUUUUACUCUGGAUGUACUAGAAUUCUGUAACUGGAUGUAAUGUAAUUCUCUAAUGGCAGUAGGCAUUAUACAGUCAUGUCAUGUCAGCUCAUAUUUACAUUCAAAGCUUCUAUUGACAUUUUAGAAUUAAGUUUUGUCUUUAAGGUCACAUAAAAUUUUUUUACAGUUUUUAAAAGUUUUUUUAAAAAUUACCCGCAGCAAAAAAAUGUUUUUGAAACUUUGAAAGACUUGUUUGAAGCAAAGUUCUGUUUUUAUUAGAAGAAAGUAGCUAAUAGGUAACAGACAUGCAUAUUCAAAGCCACUGGGAAAAGUAGUGGACACUGUACAUUUGUAAUAUUAAUAAAAUAACUAUGUUAGUAUGUAAUAUAUGCGCAUUUAGAAAAGUCAGACACUAUAUUUAUAUAGGUUAUGUUUUAACUAAGUUAUUAAAAUACAAUAUGUAACAAUGACUGCCUCUGUAGUUCUAGUGCCAGCGCAAAGUACCAGUGCAAAAGUACACACUGCAAACUGUUUAAUAUCUUUAUUAAAACAAAAAUCCGAAGAAAUAUCUACACAUCAAUUGAUGUCAGUAUUGGACACCCUAGCACAUGAACAGGACCAUACAAUGGAUAGACUAUGUGCAAUAAAAUGUAUUACCGUAGAGCAGUGUAGCAACAUGACCAAAAACAGUCAGAUAGUCAGCUAAGAAUGUUAAAAAAUGAGUAAAUGAAGUAUUAUUUUCAGUGUUCUUGUGUAUAACUCAGCACAUCUGAGUUAAUGGCAAACUGUUGUGUGUGUGUAUAUAUAUAUAAGAAAAAAAAUCAGCAUUUUGGUGAUGAUUUUAGCACUUUGUCUUGCUCACUGUAGAAGAUAAACCAGCUAUUAGGUGCGGUGAAACCUCUGGUGUUGGUGCUGAGGGUAAAACUCUUUGAAAACAGCUUUUAUUUUUGGAAGUCUAGAAGGUUUUGGGUUACAGUCCCUUCCAAAUGCAAUUCAAUCCUUCGAUUUGUCCCCAUUUCCUUUCACGAGCACAGAAAAAAGGGAAAGGCCACAUGAGAGGGCAACAAAGAGACUUUUGUUAACACAUUCACCUCCCUGCAUCUUUUGUGUCGCCCUCAAUUCAAGGUGACCUAACUUUCUCUGCCUUUCUCCUGUCAUUUCUAAGAAUGAAUUUUUUUGCACAGGUGACAGACAGUAGCUUGCCCAGGAGUGUUCAUUGUCUUUAUGUUUAAGUACUUUGUGUUAUGCAAUGCUGUAGGUGUCUGAUGUUAUGUAAGACAGAUAUUUAAAAAGUAAAUAUUCCAUUUGUACCGACUGUAUUUUAUGUGCACGCAAUAAGAAACAUUGUUUAAUCAUACUGUUGUUUCAAAAAGAAUGAUAAUAUUAAUAAAACAGAUCAAAUAACAUGGAAAUCAAU